UCGCGGCUGGUUAUUUCGCAUACCUAGUUUCAAUUUAUAAAUUAUAAAGAAUUUCGGAAGCUUGUGUGGUGUUUACGAUGAGUUACACCUGCAAUUCAUUACUGUAACAUUCUAGCACACCAUGGAUCCAAACAUCUACGCGCUGGUGCUAGACACCCUCAACCGGGCGACCAGUCAGGACGCGGCGGUGCUCAAGCCAGCCGAGAAGAAGCUGCAAGAAUGGGAGAUAGAGCCCGGCUUCUAUUCGGUCCUUCUGGACGUCCUAUCCAACCACACAAUAAAUGUGAACGUCCGCUGGCUCGCCGUCAUGUGCUUCAAGAACGGCGUGGACCGCUACUGGCGUCGCAACGCGCCCAACGCUGUCUCCGAACAAGAGAAAGAGAAGCUACGCCUUGGCCUGCUCACUCCUAACAUUCUUAGUGAGCCUGUGGCGCAGAUAGCUACGCAGCAGGCUGUUCUCAUCGCUAAGAUCGCCAGGUUGGACUGCCCGAUGCACUGGCCUAACUUGGUCCCCGACCUGCUUGGAGCGCUGAAGGCUCCGCAGCCGCUUGUCCAGCACCGGUCCCUGCUUAUCUUCCACCACAUUGUCAAAGCUCUGGCUUCAAAGAGGCUAGCCGGGGAUCGCAGGACUUUCCAGGACCUCACAAACACCGUCUACUCCUUCAUCCUAAGCCUCUGGCACGAGAACACGGAGCUGUUCCUCCGACACAUCCAAGAGGGCGCCACCACCGAGCUGAUCACCGAGCACCUGGAGAAGGCUCUCCUCUGUCUUCGCAUACUUAGGAAGCUGACAGUCUUUGGGUUCAAGAAGGCCCAUGAGAGUCAGGACGCUGUGGCUUUCCUGAAUGUGGUGUUUGACCGGGCAAAGUCCAGCUUAGAAUGCAGAAAACUGCUCAAAGGCCGCGGCAUCUAUCCCCUAGAACUCUGCGAGAAGUUCAUCAUCCACCUCACCAAAGUCGCCUUAGGAGUCCUAGGGGUCCACCCGUUCUCCUACGUGCCCCUGAUCCGGCCAUCGCUGGAGUUCGCCAUAUACUACUGCUUCACGGAGCAGGGCAUGACCUUCGUGUACGAGCGGUUCAACAUACAGUGCCUGAACAUCGUGAAGGGGAUCCUGCAGUGCGUCGAGUUCAAGCCGCCGAAGGGCGACCAGGUGAAGGAGCCGUUGACCCUACAAGCCCACCAAAUCAAGACGGAAGUACUCGACACAGCCACCGUCUGCCACAUGUGUCAAGUUCUCGUGUCCCGAUACUUCCUACUGUCUGCUGACGACUUGGCUCUGUGGGACGCGGAGCCAGAGAGCUUCGCCACUGACGAGGCGGGCGAGAGCUGGAAAUAUAGCCUGAGGCCAUGCACAGAAGCGGUCUUCAUGGAGCUGUUCCACGAGUUCCGCGACACGCUAGCCCCCGAGCUGGUGCGUCUACUGGCCGGGUUACAACACACGCCGCCUGACGCCAACGACCUCGACGCCAUCUUGAAAAAGGACGCCAUUUACAACGCCGUCGGACUUGCCGCCUUCGACCUGUACGAUGAGGUGGACUUUGAUGAAUGGUUCACGAACGUGUUGAGUCAGGAGCUGAAAAUAAAAGAUGACAACUACAGAAUAAUCAGAAGAAGAGUUUGUCAAUUAAUAGGUCAGUGGUGCGGCGUGCGCGCGUCGCCCUCCCUCCGCCCCGCCAUGUACUCGGCGCUGCUGCAGCCGCUCGCGCGCCGCACGGAAGACGCAGCCGUCAAGCUCGCCGCCGCGGAGUCGCUGCGGGCCACCAUAGACGACUUCAACUUUGACGUGGCACAGUUUGCGCCCUUCGCGUCGCACGUGUUGGCUGCGCUCUAUGAAUUGCUGGUGGAAUCCGAAGAGUGCGACACGAAAAUGCACGUGCUCCACGUAGUGUCGUACGUGAUGGAGCGUUGCGGUGCCUCCGUCGCGCGCGGCGGUGGCGCCGACGCGCUCUUCGGCUACCUGCCGCAGCUGUGGACGCACGCACACAACCACGACAUGCUGCGAGCGGCCGCGCUAGCCGCCUCCGUCAACCUACUCAAAGCCAUAGGCGAGUGCCCGCCCAACAUUCGACCCUGGAUCCUCAACGUAGUCAACGACUCCACCAAACUCUCCGAGCCAGCGCACGUGUAUCUUCUAGAAGAUGCGCUGGACCUCUGGCUCGCCGUUCUAGAAACUUCUCACGUGGCCGACGCGGCCACACUGCAGCUUGCUGAGAACCUUUGCCCUAUACUUGAACAAACUUCAGAGCAUCUCCGCAUAAUAGUGUACAUAAUGCAAGCCUACACCCUCCUGUGCCCCGAAGAGUUCCUCCUAGCCGCCGGCGGGAAGUGUAUGCUACUGUUAGAAGACAUGCUCGGAGAUAUGCGUACUGAAGGUAUACUGACGGUGUUGAAGAUGGCUGAAGUGUGCAUCAGCGUGUCGUUCCCAGAGAGAAACACGUUCUUGGGGGUCAAAGUCAUAUGGCCCAUCCUACUGAGGGUUAUUCAUUGGCUGGACCUGGACGACUUGCCUCUAGUUCUCUCCGUGGAGCUGUGCCUUCUAUCGCGAGUCAUACUCCUCUCCAGCGAUCUUUUCUACAAGGCGGUAGAAGAAGCAGCAGCGACGAUGCCGGAAUACGAGUCAGAUCCCACCAAAGUGCUGGACAAAAUCCUCCACGUGUGGACUGAAAAGAUGAACCUGGUCACGCAAGUCGAACGGUGGAAGGUCGCCGGCCUCGGUCUGGCGGCGUUGCUAACAACACAGAACGCGGUAGUAUUGAGUAGAGCCCCGGCGUUCCUCCUGAAUCUUGCAGAGGUGUUGAAUGACGUCAUGAAGACUGACGAAAUGGGCGUGCAUCAGGAUAGCCUCGUGAGCGCGGUGGGGUCGCGGCCCGCCUCGCCGCUCGAGGGUCGCGGCGGCGCGGCGCGCUGGGGGGCGGGCGCCGCCGCCGCCCCCGCGCCCCCCUCGCCGCACGAGCUGCGCCGCCGCGCGCGCGCCGCCACGCACCCCGCGCACGCGCUCGACCUGCGCGCCGUCACGCACCAUCAGUUGGAGACCCUGAAAGCGCAAGUGGGCCCAGAGACCUUCGAUCGCAUCCUACAGUCCACCGACAAAGAGACCCUGCAGCAGAUCAGGGAAUACAUACCCAUUUGAACACUUCUCCUAUUCAUGUAAGGGAAACUUAGACUUUUCAAUCACUGCUCAUGUUUUUAUACAAACACAAGAAAAAAAUCUACGUUCCCUAAAUAUACCGUCAUCUGCUAUAAAUGUCCUCAUUUCUCACUGACUGACACUGACAUUUCUCACCAGGCGACGCCUGUGCAAGUUCGUAGAUAUGUCACUGUCAUUCACAACCUGUCACUAAGUGACCCACAACUGACCCUUUAGCACAACUUGCCUUGUCGCGCGCGAGUUCAUACUUGAAGUCGCGCUUGAUGUAUAGACUCGCGCGCGACAAGGCAAGUUGUGUUAAAGGUGCUGGUAAACCUUAUUUCAUAUGUGAGAGGGAGAAAAAAUAUUUUGCUCUCACGUAUGAAAUGACAUUGGCAUGGUGCAAAUCCGUCUUAAUCUUUCAGUGUGCCUCAUUGGUUGUACAACGAAGACCACAAAUAUAUUGGACACGGUCUUAUAAGUCAUAAUCAGAGGGCGGAAUUGCUCAUGGCAAAAAUCAAACGUCAAUAGAGUUGGAACGUUGAAUUCUAUCGACUAUCGAUUACACUGAAAUGACGUAAGUACGACAAAGAUACCUUUUUAUCCAUUUGUUGACUGUUUUUCGUUUUGGAUUAACCAUUUUUUUCAAACGUGAAUUAGUUUAAAAAGGACUAGUGACAGAAAUGGUAAUUAUAUGUCAUACAAUUUACUUUUAAUUUAA